ACAAACUGCAAGAGAAGAAGAAGAGCGUUUGAGGAAAACAGAGUUUUUUCGCAACAAGUUCUCGCAUUUAAAGGAAACUUCCACCCAUUGGAUUAACUAUGGAGGUGGACCAAAUGCCGCUGGCCGACGUGGUCUUCCUUAUCGAGGGCAGCGCGAUCAAUGGAGCGUACAUCAACGAGCUGAAAACUAAUUACAUCCUGCCGACGCUGGAGCACUUCACCACUGGCUCCAUUGAUGAGCGGGAAUACCUGAUUGCGGAGCGAUAUGCCACACUGUACGGGAUCGUGGUGUACCGCACAGCUGCCAAUCUGCUGGAGCCCGUUUGCUCCACCUACGGACCCUUCCUGCAGCCCCAGAAGGUGAUGGAGACGAUCGAAAGACUACCACUGGUGGGUGGCGGCAUGGAGUCCUGUGCCCACAUGGCCGAAGGAUUUGCUGCGGCCCACGGCUGCUUCGACGACAUCAGCGAGCGGCGCCAGCUGCUCGAUCAGACCAGCGUCCAGCGACACUGCAUCCUCAUCUGCAACAGUCCGCCUUACCAGAUGCCCACUACAGAAUCGUGGAAGUAUCCGGGCAAAUCCUGCGAGCAACUGGCGGCACUCUUCAACGAGCGGAAGAUCAACCUAUCCAUCAUUGCGCCUCGCAAGAUGCCGGUGCUGUUUAAGCUUUUCAUGAAGGCGGAUGGCGAUCAGCCCAUUACAAGCAAGAACUACGCAAAGAAUAUCCGGCACCUGGUGCUGCUAAAGGGCUACAGCCUCAAGGAGCGAGCUCCAAGUCCCAACAGCAUGGCGGCUCAGAUGGCCGCCCCCAAUGCGGCACAGGCUGCAGUACAACAGCAGCAACAGCAACAGAAUCCGGCGGGUCAGCAGCAACCAGGUCAAGGCAUGCCCAUGGACACCACUCCAGCCCAGCAGCAGCAGCAACAACAACAACAGCAGCAGCAAGGCAAUCCCCAGCAACAAGUUAUGAACAUGAAUUCCAUGCAGCAACAGCAGCCUGGUCCAAAUCCUCAGGCAGGCCUUCUCAAUCCCCAGCAACAGCAACAGCUCCUGCAGCAACAGCAACAACAGCAGCAGACUCAAUUUGUGCCCAACCAGAUGCAGAAUCCGAACUUCCAGCAGAACGUGGGACCCGGGCAAAACCGAUGGAUGUAUCCCAACCAACCGGGACAGGCGCGUCCGCCCUUCAUGCAGGGAGCAGGCAAUGUUGGCGGUGUAGGCCAAGGCGGGGGCAUGCAACAGAAUCCCAAUUCUGCACUGAUCUCGCGCAUUAAUGCGCCGCCGCCGAAUCAAACGGUUACCUCGCUUCAGCAGCAGCAACAACAGCAGGCCCAGCAGCAGCAACAACAGGCCCAACAGCAGCAGCAGCAGAGGAUGCAGAUGCUCAAUCAGCAGCAAAUGCUGAACCACCAACAGUUGCAACAGCAGCAGCAACUGGCUCAACAACAGCAGCAGCAGCAGGGGCAGCAACAGCAGCAGGGUAAUCCCAAUGCCGGCAACAACAUGAUGCCGGCUGGCAAUGCGGGCAACAUGCCCAAUCCACAGCAACAGCAGCAAGUGGGCCAGGUGGCCAAUCCCCAGCAGCAGGGAAAUCCUCAGCAGCAACAGCAGGCGAAUGCGCAACAGGAGCAGGCCUCCCUGCGCGAAAAGAUCUGGACCGGAGUGCUUGAAUGGUCAGAGAAACCGAAAUCCGAUCAACAGAAGAUUCCUCACACACUCCAGUGCACUGUGUGCACCAACAUCAAAGACGGGGAGCCCGAGAUCAAGGCUGAGAACUGGCCGCCCAAGCUAUUGAUGCAACUUAUGCCCAAGCAUCUGGUUGGCAACAUUGGCGGGCAGUUCCUUAAGGACUCAAAGAUGGUGGUAUUUCGACCAACUCCAGGAGAAGCCCUCGAUUCGCUGGCUAAGAUGAUGACCUCCGGCUACGCUGGUUGCGUUCACUUCUCGUCCAUCCCCAACUCGCCCGCCUGCGAUCUCAAGGUUCUCAUUCUGCUCUACACACCAGAUCGCAACGCAUUCCUGGGCUUCAUUCCCAACAAUCAGGCAAUGUUUGUGGAGCGUCUGCGCAAGGUCAUCCAGCAAAAGCAGCACGGCAACAUGCAGCAGCAGCAACAACAGCAGCAAAUGAUGCAGCAGCAGGGCAAGUCGCCUAUGGAACUGCAGCAACAGCAACAACAGCAGCAGAUGCAACAAGACAACUCACAGCAGCAACACUACAACCAAUAUCAACUCAACAUGCAGAUGGGAGGAGGAGGUCCGGGUGGGGGCCCGGGUCCCGGCCCUGGUGGCAUGGCCAUGCAGCAGAAUCAGAUGCAGAUGAACAUGAUGCAGCAACAGCGGAUGCCGCUGGGCGUGGGCGUUGGACCCGGUGGCGUGCCUAAUCCUAAUCUGCAACAGCAGUUGCAACAGGUGGCGCCCAACGUGGCCGCAAUCCAACAGCAACAUGCGCAACAACAGCAGCAACGCAUGGUUCGUCCGAUGAUGAGCAACAACAAUCCGGGACUUCGCCAGCUUCUGCAGCACCAGACCACGCCAGGCAACCAGUUCCGUCCGCAGAUGGGCGGCCAGAAUCCCAAUCAAAUGGGUGCCGGCGGUCCCAUGGUCGGCAAUCGCAACUUUGACGAUGGCAGCUAUGAGUUCAUGUAGACAGAUCGCAUAGCCAACUAGAUUUAAGCUACUUAAAUAUUUGAUACAGUCCAACUCGAUGUCUCUGUUUUGGGAAUCUAAGAAAUCUAUAAAGAUUUUGAUGUCGUUUAGAUGUAGUCCUAAUUUUUGGUAUCACAGAGUGUCAGGCGUUACAAGGGUUUUUUGGUCGAAGACAAUGGUAAUGAUUUAUUGAAAUAUUUUGAAUGAUUUUUUAAGAUAGCAUAGUUUGGCUACAAAAGUAACCAUCCGUUGAAAAUAUUAGCUAUUGACAUAAUCGUCAGAAAAUUGGAAUGUACAUUUUGUAUGUUUGUAUUAUGUUUUCAUAGGGAAAAAUUAUUUUUUUAUUUUUCCCUUAUGUAACCCCUUAUGCUCUGCUCAUUAACUUAUUAAUUACCACGUCACCAUUUCCUCUUUCCCCAAGUUAAAACAUAAAGCUUCAAUUAAGUUCGAGUUUUUA